UCUUGUGGGUGUGAGCUAGACGUUAUAGCAACGAACUACAAACGGUGUCUGAAUUUCAACAAACGGGAACCGAAUUGUUUUCAAAUAGCUAGCUAUGUUAUCAAUUGUUUGUUUUGCUAAUAUCUGUUUCAUUUUGAUAAAAUUUGUCGUCCGUUAAGACCUCAAUUUAAAAACUCAAAACGAUAAUUGAUGGUCAUCGCUCUCCGUUCCUGUUGGAUUUAAUCUGCUUAGCUACUGAAGUCCUGAUCAGGAUUCGCGGUCUGUCAAUGAGGAACUACAGGCUCAUCUUUUGCCAUAGCCUGAAGCAGCCAUAGAUGACCAUUUGAUUCACUGCUAGUGAGUGGUGCUGAAGAUAAGGUGAACUACUGGGUGUUUUAAGUGCUAAACGACCUUCGGAAACAGCUCGGCUGUGGAAGCGAUGAGGAAGAGCCUCUCACCUUCCCCCAGCGACUCCCUGACACCAGCCAGGGUUUUUGGGGUUCCCCUAGAUGUGGUGCAGCAGAGCGGUCAGCCAGGCCAGGAGGUCCCCCUACUGGUCAGGCACAUCGUAGAGUACAUCGAGGAGCAUGGGCGUCUGGAUUUGGAGGGGCUGUUCCUAGUCAAUGGUAACGCGGAGCGGGUGGAGUGGCUACGGCAGCGCUAUGACUCUGGGGAGGAGGUGGACCUGGAGAAGGAGGCUGACCUGGCCUCUGCCGUCAGCCUGCUGCGUCUCUUCCUGCAGGAGCUCCCAGAGCCCAUCAUCCCUGCAGGCAUGCAGUCCCACAUCCUGCAGCUCUACCAAGACUACAGCAGCGAGGAAGAGCUCGCCCGCAACAUGAAGUACUUCCUCCAGCAGCUGCCUCAGGUUAACUACAGCCUGCUGCGCUUCCUGUGCCGCUUCCUGUCCAGCGUAGCCUCGCUCCAGGAGGAAAGCUGGAGCGUCGGCGCCCUCGCCGCGGUAUUCGGACCAGACAUCUUCCAUUUAGACACGGACGUGGAGGAUCUGAAGGAGCAGGAGUCAGUUAGUCGCAUUCUGGCGGAGCUGCUGGAGAAUCAGGAGGAGUUCUUUGACUCGGAGGAUGAUGACGUUUCCACCACCGACUACAGCUCCAUCAAUGAACAGAUCACUGAGCUCCUGGACGAUGAGAAAUUAGAGGCAUGUGAGGAGCUGCCCCAGGACGGCGAGGGCGAGGAAGGCCCCCCUUCCGCCUCCGAAUCCCCCCAACACAGUAACACGCAGGUCACUCCCUCUUCAAGUUCACACAUCUCCCCCAUCAGCGUUCUUCCAGGAUCUGCAGACAUUAUAGAGCGGACCAUCCGCGCCGCGGUGGAACAGCACUUCUUUGACCUCAAGAGCUCCAUCGACCAGGAGAUCAGCAGCUAUGAGAGCCAAGGCGCGGGCCCCAGUGCAAAGCGGGUGAUGGGGCCAGGGCCAUUUGAUGGCCAUGGAGAGGAGGGCCCGUGUACGAGUAAGGAGGGCCCCGCAAGCAGUCCCCUGUCAGCCCCAGAGACAGAGAGCCACUCUGAACACAGCCCACAGGAGGUCGAGGAUUGUGACUCCCAAGGCGCCAUCCUGGAGGAGAGUUCUGGAAUGGACCUGGAUGCCGCAGAGGCUCUUGUAGAUGCAGAGAACAAUAUCAACACUGCCAGGCAAGAAAGCCAAUCCUGUGACAAGAUGGACCAGGCUGAUCUCAUCACCUGUGACUCUGAUGAGUGUGACCAGAACCCCAACACAGAGGCCAAGGGGUACCCCUACCACCCUGCCAGCUCGCACCACCUCCAACUCAGCCGCAUCUUCCCCCACAACCAGUGGGAAGACCCAGUGCCAGCCUACAAGUCAUGGCAGGACGAGAGUGACUCUGGCGAGGCCCAGCUGUCCCCCCUGGCGGGGCGCAUGGUGCCCUUGCCCCACGAGGAGGACGCUCACCCCCUCAUGGCCCGCCGGUUCCUGGACUUUGGCCACAGCCAACGGUUCCUGCAGCACUCCGACCCCGACGCAACCUCGCCCACCAAAGCCCACCACUCCCUAGGGAGGCCUCGCCGUGCCUCCUUCAGUUCCAAAGAGAGCGGUUUGAGGAACGACUCUGUCUCCCACCAGCUCACCAAAAAACUACAGAGCCUCAAGAAGAAGAUCAAACAAUUUGAGGAACAGUUUGAGAACGAGAGGAACUACAAGCCGUCUCAUGGAGAUAGAGCAGCUAACCCAAAGGUCCUCAAGUGGAUGACAGACCUCACCAAAAUCCGCAAACAGUUAAAAGGAAGACCACAUCUCUUUCCCAAAGGGUCCCUGAGGCACCAGGCGGUGCUUCAGUCAUACAGACGUCACCACCCCUCCUCCUCCGCCCCGAACACAUCCCAUUUUACACUUGCACGCCCCCUCACUGCCUGUAGACAGGCACCCUACCUAUAUGCCAAACACAAAGAGGCUGAGCUGACUCCUCAGACGCGGCCACGCAGCAACACCUUGCCCAAGAGCUUUGGUUCCACCCUGGCAGUCCACGAAGUUGUUGAAGAAGCCAAGGGCCACCGGCCCACCAAAGAGGAGACCCUGGACCUCAUCCAGCGCCGCGUCAAGGGCAAGAGAGAGGAGGACGGCUGGCCAGAGGACAUCAAGAAAAUGACCAAGGAGGAGCUGUCGUGUGAGAAGACGGUCCUACAGAAGAACCUCCUGCACUACGAGGGACUACACGGCCGACCUGUGACCAGAGAGGAGAGGCUGGUGGUCAAACCGCUGUACGACCGCUACCGUCUGGUCAAGCAGAUGCUCACCCGCGUCAGCAUCACCCCCAUUAUCGCUUCCCCCUCCAGCAAAAGACGCAACCAGACCCUGCAGCCCAUCAUCGAGGGCGAGACGGCCCACUUCUGCGACGAAAUCGAGGAGGAGGAUGAGGGCGAGGAGGAGGCUAUAGCCGAGGAGGUCCAGAGUUCAGGGUCGGAGGUGAUCAUGGCUCUAGACCCAGUGUGCCAGCCCCAGACCAGCUCCCAGAGAGACAGCGACAGCCUGCUCAGGCCCAAGAUGGAGGAGACCUCUGGGAAACUGGCCCUGGACCUGCGACUGUCCAGCUCCAACGCCUCGUCCAUGCCCGAGCUCCUGGAGCAGCUGUGGAAGACCCGGGCAGAGAAGAAGAAGUUGAGGAAGACUAUCCGCGAGUUUGAAGACGAGUUCUACCAGCAGAACGGCAGGAAUGUCCAGAAGGAGGACAGGCUCCCCAUGAUGGAUGAAUACAAAGAGUAUAAACGGAUCAAGGCCAAACUGCGUCUGCUGGAGGUGCUCAUCAGCAAGCAGGACUCCUCCAAGUCCAUCUAGAGAGGGAGCGGCCACCCUGCUUCAUCCCACCGGACACAGAGGGUCAACUGCCUCACCCCGGGCAUACAUGUCACCCCUACAUGGCCCAUACCCCUCCCCAUCCCGUAUCAACCAUCCCCCUACCUGCACCGCUGAGGGAAGGCAUGUCAGCCACCGUGUCCCGCUGCUGUCUCACCACCACAACCCAUCUGUUUCUACCACCGCCAGCUCAUGUACAGUAAAGGGGUCCUCACUGGGGACUCUGAGGGAGAAGAGUCACAUCUUCAUUCCACCAGUCAAGACUCAACACACCCCUUUUU